GAAAUCCCCCAAAUUAUCGCGAUCAACGAAAAACGUCAAUUCCCGUCGGCCCUUGUUUCAAGUGAAGGGAAGUAAAAUGUCGGCGAUGGAUGGGAUGGGCCUCUUAUUGUGCUUUUAACAAUAUCUCAACCUUUAAUACUGUAUUUUAAAUGUACAUUUCACGUUUUAGAAAAUAAAGGUUAGUUGAAGAUUGUGGAUUUAAACGGACAAAACAUAUAACUGGAUCUAAGACAAAGACUCCAGCGAAGAGGAAACAGAGAAGGAUGAAGAAAGGAGUAGGGCGAGGUUGAGGUGUUACCAAGGUGAUAGGGAGAACCCAGAUGACGAGCCUAGCGAACUGGGAGCUGGCCUUACUGCAACCCCCGAAACACUUUCCUGCCUGGUCUCUCUUCACUGCUCUCCACAGCAUCUCCUCGACAGUUCUGACCUUGAAGUGGAGUUGACAGCUGAGGUGUGAGUGGAACGCUCGUCACUGCUCAGUAUCCUGUCCACUGUCACCCCUGGUGUAGGCAGCAGGAAGACGGGGUUGCUCUUUGAUCCCCGGCCCUCAGUAUCCCUCCUCCACCCACAACCCCAGGCUCCAGGGAGUUCUGGACUACAGCUUACCCCAGGCCCAGCUCCCAUCCUGGCCAUGGACUUAACUCAAAUCCCAGGCCUUAAAGGGAUGCCUGCUGUCCCUCCUCCUCACGGGAUCACAGAGACUGCCAAGAGCCCCCUGCCCUCCUCCACAUCUUCCUCCUCUCCCGCCUCCCCACCUUCCUCUUCAUCCUCCUCUCCUGGUGCCGUGGCAACCAGCUACCACAACGAUAUCCAGGAGGGAAGGGCCAACAGCAUGAUGAUGGGUGACGUGGUGUCCUCCACUUCCGCCUCCCUGGCUCCCCCCUCCUCUCACUCUGACCCCUCUUUCUCCUCCUCAGAUCCCUUGUUAUGCCUCUCACCCCUUGUGGGCACCGACGGACAAAAAGAGCUUGAGACGGAGAUCUACGACCCAUUUCACCCCACGGAAGGAGAGAGGGAGGAAGGAGCGCCGGAGGAGGAAGGGGAAAAGUACGACCCCUUUGAUCCGACCGGCUCUCCCCCCUCAGAGAGAGAGGAAGAGGAGCGAGAGACGGGGGGAGGGAGGGAGAGAGGGGAUAGCGUGAGCAGCAAGGAGAGCGAUGCCAGAGGGAAGAGAAGGAAGGCAGAGACUGGGAGGACAGGAGGAGAGGAGAAAGACAAUGCUCCUCCAGACUCCACGGACGCUCUCUCUGUUCCCCCGCUCUCACCGCGCUCCCUCCCUCUCCCCCUUCGGAGGAGGCUGGACCGAACCAAAGAGCCCCGGGUGAAAGUACGGGACAGGAGAGAGAAGGCGAACCACUCGGACCACUCUGAGAUUGAGGAGGGUGAGAUCGUUGGGGCCACCGAGAGGGACGGAGGAAAGAGGGAGGAGAGAGGCCGGGAAGGAGUCCUUCCUCUCGUCCUCCCCAUCUCCUCUGGCAGUCCUUUCCUCCACAGGGGAGCCAAGCCGGAGAGGAUCCUGAGGGUGUUGGACGGGGAUAGCUUUGUGUCGGUGCGGGCUGAGGGGGACUGGGCGGGGCCGGUGAUGCCUGGCAGGGAGGAUGGGGAGCCCAUGGAGGAGGAGGAGGAGGAAGAAGAAGAGGAGGAGGAGGUGGUGGUGGUCGGGGUGGGAGAUCUGAGGAGGAAGCUGGUCAGCCGGCGUAAGGCGAGAUACCGCUCCUCCUUCCCCUCUUCUCUCUCGCCUCAGCACCUCCCACCGUCUCCUCACACCGUCCCUUUGCCCCCCUCCCCGCUCACUGCCGAGAAGGACAAGAGCCGCAAGUCAUCCAAGAGCUCCAAGGAGAGGGAGCGGCGUAAGCGAAAGGAGUGCAAGGUAGGGGAGGAGGAGGAGAGGAGGAGGAGGAAGAAAAGGAAAGAAAAGGAUGGUGGUGGAGAGAAUGGUGGUGAGAGGAAGGAAAGACACAGGGAGAGGGGGCGGCGGAGUGAGAAAGAGAAGAAAACAAAGGUGGAGGAGGAGAGAGGGAGGAGCAGCAGAAGUGACAGCAGAAAGAGGAAGAAGAGACGACGGCGUACCCCGGAAUCUUCAGCACGCCCCCGCUCACAAAACACCUCAGUGCAGCAGGCCCACGGAGGCCGCUCCUGGUCAAACAAUUCAGAGGACCGACACAGAGAGAGAGACAGAGACAGAGAGAAUAACAGAGACCGGUACAGAGACAGAGAUGGGGAACGAGACGGCGAUCGAGACAAGGACAGAAAGAAAGACGACACCCGGAGAAGGGAGAGGGAUGGAGACUCUAGCCGGAUAAAGAGGGAAAGAGAGCAAGACGGCGUCCGCAAAUCAACCAGCCGAGAAAGAGGCAGCUCCAAGAGGUCCAAAGGAAGCAUAGAACCAAGGCACCGGGAAAGGGACAGGCACCAGGACAGAGAAAGGCACAGAGAAAGGCACAGAGAAAGGCACAGAGAAAGGCACAGAGAAAGGGACAGGGAGAGACGUCGAGAUGGUCGACCCGUGGUGCCGCCAUCCAUCCAGGAUCUCAAUGGCUCUGACCUGUUCGCCAUCAAGCGCACCAUCACGGUCACCACGACCACCACCACCACUCUCCCCGGUUCCCCCCCGCUGGCUCCAUCCUCCCCCCGCAGCCCCUCCCAGGGCUCCGAAAAGCCCCACAAGAGGAAGAAGAAGAGCCGUCGGCGCUCGGACGAAAAGUUAGAAGACAGCAUUGGCCGGCGUGGGAGCCUCUCCCUUUCGCCACCGUCACAUUACCAUGGCUACGACUCGGACCACUUCUCAGACAAACUGGAGAUAGACAUGCACUCUCUGGACGGGGAGGCUCUGGAUUCAGACUACCCCUCUAUAGAAGACUCCCCUCCCCAGCUUCUGGAACCCGCUGCCCUCAGCGCCAAACCCAAGACCGCUACCAAACCUGGACGCCACCACUUCAAGAAGAAAUCACGAACGGGCAAGAAAGCUGGUCAGUCCAAGUCGUCCUCUUCCUCCUCGGUUCGACCCAAAGGCAAGGGGCUCUCCACACCUUCACUCUCCCCAACCCAGGCCACCCCCGGCCUGGCCUCCACCCCAACCACCCUCCCCUCGGCCAAACAAGGGCGGAAGAUGGGGAAGGAGAAAGAGCGUGGGGAAAAAGGAGGAAAGAAAGAGUCUGGUCGGUCUGGCAGGUCCAAGAAAUUAAGUGGGGGUGGGAGGAAAGCCAAGCUGCAGUCCAAAGUGUCAGUGCUGGUGCGCGAGGGCGUGAGCAGCACCACGGGGGGCUCGGUGGGCUCGGGGAAGCUGGGCAUGGAGCUCCUCGGGGUGGGUGGGCCAGUAGGGGCUCUGGGGUGCCGGUGGUGGGAGGCUCCAUUGCUGUGGUCUUUAGGAGGGACAAUGAGAGCAGGUCUCCGUUCCUCAAGCCCUGCUCUGAGCCUCUAUUGCUGAGUGGACGCAACA